AUGUCGAGGCAAAAACUCUUUACUCCACCUUCGAAUGGCAGCGGUAGUGUCUCUGGAAGCUCAAUUUCAAAACGGGCGCAGGACAGGAAGUUCAAUGGCAGAUGUUUAUGUGGGUUGGGGGUGACGCUGUUACAGUCCGGGACGGCGAUGAAUCCUGGGAGGUGGUUCGUCCGUUGUCCCAAUUGGAAGAACUCGGACUGCAACUUCUUUGCAUGGGUAGACGAAAUCGAAGGGCAGUGGGAGGGUGAGGGUUUGAGGAGAGCACUGUCGGAAAGAAGGAUGCAGGAAGAUGUUGAUGAGGCUGAGGCUCAAGUGAAGAUGCUCACCAGAUUAGGGAGCUUCGAAGCUGAGUUUAGCAAAAUUAGGUUUUGGCUUAUGAUGAUAUCAAUGGCUGUUGUUUGUAAUGCUGUGUGCACUGUGUAUCUGAUUCUUAGGAGGGUUUGA